AUGCGACCUCGCCCCGGGCGGCGACCGGGCCCUGUGGCCGUUCGCGCCGCGGGCAGCACGUUCGGCCACGCCUUCCGCGUGACGACCUUCGGCGAGUCGCACGGCAAGGGGGUGGGCUGCGUGGUGGACGGCGUGCCCCCGCGGCUGCCCAUCAGCGUGGAGGAGAUCCAGGCGGAGCUGGACCGCCGGCGGCCCGGGCAGUCUGUGAUCACGACACCCAGGAAGGAGUCGGACACGUGCGAGGUGCUGUCCGGCCUGGCGGAUGGCGUGACUCUGGGCAGCCCCAUCGCUGUCCUGGUGCGCAACAAGGACCAGAAGAGCGGGGACUACGGGGAAAUGGAGGUGGCGUACAGGCCCAGCCACGCGGACGCGACAUACGACUUCAAGUACGGCAUUCGGGCGGUGGCGGGCGGCGGACGGUCCAGCGCCAGGGAGACGAUCGGGCGGGUGGCCGCGGGCGCGGUGGCCAAGAAGCUGCUGGACGUGGUGGCAGGGACGCAGGUGGGGAUGGUGCUUGCCUUUGUCAACAGAGUGAGAGACAUUGAGGCCAAUGUGGACCUGGACGCUUUCACAAUGGAGCAAGUUGAGAGCAACAUUGUGAGAUGCCCAGACCCAGCAACAGCACAAAAAAUGAUCGAUGCCAUCAAUGAGGUCCGCACUAAAGGGGAGUCGUGUGGAGGGGAGGUUACAUGCGUUGUUCGUGGCUGUCCUCGAGGCCUUGGCUCACCAGUUUUCUCAAAACUGGAGGCUGACUUGGCGCAAGCGAUCAUGUCACUGCCUGCCACAAAGGGCUUUGAGGUUGGCAGCGGCUUCGCAGGCUCCCGGAUGCUGGGCAGCGAGCACAAUGACGAGUUCUACAUACAGGAUGGCGAUGUGAGGACACGGACCAACCGCUCUGGGGGCGUGCAAGGUGGAAUCUCCAAUGGAGAGAACAUCGUCGUGCGUGUGGCUUUCAAGCCCACCUCCACCAUCACAAAGAAGCAGCAGACCGUCACUCGUGACGGGCACGAGACUGAGCUGCGAGCCAGGGGACGGCAUGACCCCUGCGUGGUGCCGAGGGCCGUCCCGAUGGUGGAGUCGAUGGUGGCCUUGGUGCUGGCAGAUCACUUCCUGCAGGUGGGCAGGUGGACUGAGUGGACUGCUUCAUUGGUAUAUGUGCUGCUGUUGCACAGACCAUUGGCCAGUUUAUGUGGAAAGGCUGUGUGA